GCAGCCGCGGCCCGGCGGGCGGGUAAAUAACAGAUGCGGGUAAAAGAUCCAUCAAAAGAUUUCCCUGAGAAAGGCAAACGAAAUAAGAGACCAUUACUACCUCAUGAUGAAGAUUCUUCAGACGACAUUGCUGUAGGGUUAACGUGCCCACACAUCAGCUAUGCUGUCAGCGUGAAUCAUGUGAAGAAGGCAGUGGCUGAGACUCUGUGGUCCGUUUGUUCCGAGUGUUUGAAAGAGAGAAGAUUCUGUGAUGGACAGCCAGUACUUCCUUCCGAUGUUUGGUUGUGCCUCAAGUGUGGCUUUCAGGGAUGCGGUAAAAACUCAGAAAGCCAGCAUUCCUUGAGACACUUCAAGAACUCUGGGGCAGAGGCCCAUUGUGUUGUCAUUAGCCUGAGUACAUGGCUCAUAUGGUGUUAUGAAUGUAAUGAACAAUUAUCAACGCAUUGUAACAAGAAGGUUUUGGCUCAGAUAGUUGACUCUCUCCAGAAACAUGUUCUUAAAACACAAACAGACAGGGUUUCAUGUAUUCCAGGUUGGUCCCAAACUCACUAUAUAGCUGAAGAUGCCCUUGAAUUUCUGGUUUUCCUGCUUCCAUCCACACAUGCUAGGAUUACAGGUGCAUUUUCUAGAAUCAUAAAGCUUUGUGAAGAAAAACGUGAAACAGGUGAACUAAAGAAAGGAAGAAAAGGCAGCUGUGUGCCAUCUGUUAAAGGAAUUACAAACUUAGGAAAUACUUGCUUCUUUAAUGCAGUCAUUCAGAACUUGGCUCAGACAUACAUUCUGUUUGAACUUAUGAAUGAGAUAAAAGAAGAUGGCACAAAAUUCAAGAUUUCUCUUUCGUCAGCUCCACAGCUGGAUCCAUUAGUGGUGGAACUUUCAAGCCCUGGACCAUUGACUUCAGCCUUGUUCCUGUUUCUUCACAGCAUGAAGGAGGCUGAAAAAGGACCGCUUUCUCCUAAAGUUCUUUUCAAUCAGCUCUGUCAGAAGGCGCCACGAUUUAAAGGUUUCCAGCAACAAGACAGCCAGGAGCUUCUGCACCAUUUGUUGGAUGCUGUGAGGACAGAGGAGACAAAGAGGAUACAAGCUAGCAUUCUAAAAGCAUUUAACAAUCCAACAACUAAGACUGCUGAUGAUGAAACUAGGAAAAAAGUCAAAGCCUAUGGAAAAGAAGGCGUGAAGAUGAACCUCAUAGAUCGGAUCUUUAUUGGUGAAUUAACUAGCACAGUCAUGUGUGAAGAAUGUGCAAAUAUCUCCACCAUGAAGGAUCCCUUCAUCGAUAUUUCACUUCCUAUUAUAGAAGAAAGGGUUUCAAAACCUGUACUUUUGGGGAAAAUGAGUAAAUGCAGAAGUUUACAGGAGACAGACCAAGACCAUAACAAGGGCACCGUUACCAUAGAAAAUACCCAUCAACCCAGAGCUGCCAAGAAGCAUUCCUCACCUAAAGAUAAGAAUCAGCUAAGUCAUGACAGAAAACACUUAAGAAAAUUGCCGUCUGGAGAAGAGAAAACUGUUGUCACAUAUCAGGAGAGUGAGAACUUGGAAGCGGGUCGGUUUGCCAGCACUGUGAGCACUGAGUCGUCCCAGAACGAAAGCCCCACUGACGGCAGCGAGAAGGAAGCCAGCCUGUCUGAGAGCAGUGCCGAUGCAGACAGCGAGGCUUCUGAGUCAGAGAGCGCGCCCACGCCUGUGCCGCCCCCGUCCAGUGGGGAUUCCUGUGGGCUCACAGAGCAGCACUUGCGUCCCCCAUUGGCCAGUGAACUGCCACCCACCAAGGAGACACACAGUGAAGAGGCAGUGGCUGAAGCGAUCGCUGAACUUCAUUUGAGCGGCACUGUAAUUGGAAAUAGAGAUUUUCACCGGGAAAAACAGCCACUAAAUGUCCCAAAUAAUUUGUGUUUUUCAGAGGGAAAGCAUAUGAGGUUUCACAGUGCUCAGCAUGCUUUCCAGACUCUCUCUCAGAGUUAUGUAACUACUUCUAAGGAGUGCUCAGUGCAGUCCUGUCUCUACCAGUUCACGUCCAUGGAGCUGCUAAUGGGCAACAACAAGCUUCUCUGUGAGGACUGCACUGAAAAGAGGCAGAAGUGCCCACAGGAAGCCAGUCCUGCAGAAAAGAAAGGAGGAGGAGUGUACACUAAUGCCAGGAAGCAACUUCUCAUAUCUGCUGUCCCAGCUAUCCUGAUUCUUCAUCUUAAAAGAUUCCACCAGGCUGGCUUGAGUCUUCGUAAAGUAAACAGACAUGUAGACUUUCCGCUUACCCUUGACUUAGCACCAUUCUGUGCUGCUACCUGUAAGAACAUAAGCGUGGGAGAGAAAGUUCUCUAUGGUCUCUACGGAAUAGUGGAACACAGUGGCUCAAUGAGAGGAGGCCAUUACACUGCUUACGUGAAAGUGAGGGUGCCCUCCAGGAAGUUAUCCGAAUACAUUACUGGAAGGAAGACUGGACCAGGUUUAAAAGAAGCUGAGAGUGAGCUGGGCAGCCAUUGGGUCCAUGUCAGUGACACAUACGUGCAGGUGGUGCCUGAGUCAAGAGCACUGAGCGCACAAGCGUAUCUUCUCUUUUAUGAGAGAAUAUUCUAACUCUCUGUUAGCUGUUCCUUAGCUCAUCUUUAUUUUAAUGCUGCAGUUGUAACUGUAAUAUGUAAUAUACCUUUGUGCUCUUUAGGAAUAGUGCAUCCUUCCAGUGUUAUUUCACUUUUUCACCAUAUGGUUCAUUCUUUAAAAAUAAAUUAAUGGGGCAGUGGUGGCGCGUGCCUUUGAUCCCAGCACUUGGGAGGCAGAGGCAAACAGAUCUCUGUGAGUUCGAGGCCAGCCUGGUCUACAGAGUCAGUUCCAGGAUAGCCAGGGCUACACAGUGAAACCCUGUCUCAAAAAACAAUUUAAAAAAUUAAUUAAUUAGUGCUUUUAAAUCUAUAUUCUUAAAUGUAAAAACAUGUUUUAUGUUAAUUUUCAUGUCCUUGGAGAUCCCCCUCUCAAAAAAAUUUGAUAGUAAUAGAGAAAUCCUCUUUGAUAUGACUAUCAUUACAGCAUUCAGAGAUGAUGCUACAUUGAAUCAUUCUUUAAUAUACCAUUUCCUAAAUGUCAUAUGAGCUGAGUAGAUGUAGUAUAUCUUAGGCUACAAUUUACGUACUGUCCGGUUUAGCCUUUUGAGAUCUUGCCCCUGUUUUGAGUCAUAAUUCACAUUUUUAUGUGCUUGUUCUUCUUCUAGUGAACACUGAAGUAAAUUUAUAACUACGAAAGAAAGCUUGUUCAUUCUUGUCCCACUCCACUUAAAAUCAUCUCAGGGCUUUGCAGUGGGGGGGUGUUACUGUAUGGGAAAUGUUACUAGAACAGUCUUAACUAGUGCCUAAUGUAACAUAAUUAUUUUUACAUAUUUUAUGUGAUUUGGUCAUGUAAAAAGGAGCCACUGUAAUUUUGGUAAUGUAAGUUUACAAGUAAUGUAUUAAUUAUUUUGUUGCAUUGAAUAUCUGAAAGUAUUGAAACAUUUCAUAAAGUAAUCAUUUGCAGUUUAUUAAAGAUAAUUUGCAAGUGAUUGGUUAAAACCAAAAUAAAAAUAGAGAAUUGUAACAUGAAGAAUUGUCAAGUUAAAAGUUCAUAGUCUACAUAGGAACAUAGAAUAUUUUAAAGUUUAAGGAUGUCUUUGAAUUAUAAACUAUCAAAUUAUAUUUAUAAAUGGUAGGAAACCAUAUUCUUGUAAUUAACAAGGGAAUAUAAUACAUUUUUGACUUCUAUACUUCAGUAAAUCUUACACAUGGUUUUGUCUUCAUAAGCAUCAUUUAAACAUUCAUGUGGGUCGCUGGGGAUGAAGCUCAGUGCAGAGACUCAUCUGGUCUGUGCAAGGGCCUGGUCUCAUCCCUAUCAACACAAAUAAAAACUUCAGGUGGGCUUGCCUUUUACUUUAAUGGGGCACAGAGCUGCUACUUCUGUUCCCUUAAAGAAUUAUGUAGUAACGCAGGGUAGGUUCCCCUUCUACAAUUCAAAUGACUGACCUGUGAAAACAGCAUGAGAAAUGUUACUACCCAAUCAGUGAAGUGGUUACUGACAAACAAGAUUGAAUCAGAAUGAAAGGGAAUGGUUCAGUACUUUAUUCAUCAGUGCCAGUGCUUGAUUCUGUGGGCAAACUUGAAGGGAGAGAGGCUGGAAACUGUGUGGACCUUCAGCCAGGAUUAAACCUUCUUGACAUGUGUACCAGCACAGAGUCUCCAGUAUUACCUCCUGAGAUGUGUAAUGCAGAUAAUUUAAAUACCAUUGCAUAACUUCUAUCUUUAAGUUGUGGAGGAACUUUCAAUGGUAAUUCUCUUAAUUUUUUUUAAUUGAAGAUGGAGAAAUGUAUUUUAUCCAUUGAGCCCAGUUAUGCCCUCUAAAGAGAACUUUCCAGUGUUUUCUGUUUCAUCAGACAUUCAGAAUUUACUAAUUAACCCACGGACAUGGAAGAUUCUAGCACCAUAAUGAGUUAGAAAAUAAUUUAAUUGUUCAAGUUGGUAUCUUGGUCAUAGCAGUUGUCCCCACCAAAGAAAUGUAUAUAGUUAACCUUUUUUUCUCCUAGCAAAGAUAUACCUGACAUAUCUUCCUUUAAAACGGGAGAAUCUAAAAUCUGUAUGCUUUUACACAUUAUUCUCGCAGUGAAUACAAAUAAUAUGUUGAUUUAUUACCUCAUGCUAACUGAGAAGAGUCUAAAAUGUAUUUUUUUUAAAUCUAAAGUUUGAGUGGGUUUUUUUUUUUUUGCCAUCUUAAAAAAAAAGAGGAAAAUGGUUUGAUUUUGAUACCUAGGAAUUUCUUAUCAAACUUAAAUAAUAGAGGAAACUCACUUAAGCCCACACUUAAACUUUUGUUUUUAUAUUGAAGUUUUCCAAAGCACAUUUGCAGGAAUUUUAAAUUGUGAAGCUACUGUAAUAACAACAGUUUUCAGAUUACCUCAGGAAACAGUGCAAAUAAACAAGAAUGUUUACAGAUCAACUCAACUACUUAAUGUUUUGGCACAGUGAAUUCGAAAGUUAAAAGAGAAAAUUUUUACCUAGAUAAUUGGUUUACAGGGUACAUCUAGCACCAAUUUUCCCCUGGAUUUUCCAUAUUUAAAAUGAUAAAAUUUUGAUGAUGUGCCAAUUAUGUGAAUGUUUGUGACAUAAACAAAUAUACAUCUAUAUUUAAGAUUGUUGUUUAAUGUUUUAAAAAAUUACAUGAUGACUACCCAAUUAGAGGGUAAAGGAAAUGAUCACUGUCAUCAGCUCAGAGUAAUAUAUCAAUAGAAGUAUAUCUAAUAGGUGUUAGCUUGCAUGUGUGAGGAAUUAGUGAUUUUAUGCUGUAGUUGAGUAAAAUUUCCUGUGAAAUGUCACCAUAUAUUCGAUUUUUGUAGUACAAAACAAUAUCCUGCCUUCUUUCAUGAACUUUAUACUCAGCUUAUUUUUUUGCAUGACAUCUGAUCAAAUAAACCUAAACCAAAUAUGUUCAUUAAAAUCAAGCUUUAAAUAGCAUCCAUUGCAUUACUGGAAAAAAUAUUUCUGUGUUAAAAUUGUUUAGUUUAUGUAGAAAUCACCAAUUCAAAUGUAUUUAAUAGAUGGCUAUAUUCAAGUAUCGGUAAUAAAUUCAUGCUAUCAUUCCUUGUCCUUUAUCCAUUUUACAAUAUUUUAAAAAUAUCUGUGUAACUUGUUGAGCAU